AUGACUAAGCUUUCUACACAAUCACACACAAUCUCUUUGGUCAACUGUUUGCUUCAGAUAUAUUGUUUACACACUUUUGGUAUUGUUGAACUCAUGAUACUUGCUAUAAUGGGAUAUGAUAGAUAUGCAGCAAUAUGUACCCCCUUACAUUAUCAUGCCAAAAUGUGUCCAAGAAAAGUUAAAAUUCUCAUUGCAAUUCUGAGGAUCUGUUUACAUGCAUCCAAAGAAUGUCAAAAGAAAGCGCUUCAAACGUGCUUACCACAUUUGUUGAUUGUUAUAAACUAUUUUUUUGGCGCUUGUUUUGAGCUGAUCCAAAUAUAUUGUUUACACACUUGGGGUACUAUUGAACUGAUGAUCCUUGCUACGAUGGGAUAUGACCGGUAUAUUGCCAUAUGCACCCCAUUACACUAUCAUGAAAAUAUGUCUCCAAGGAAGAUUCUGAGAGUCUGCAUGCAUGCAUCCACGGAGUGUCGAAAGAAAGCCAUUCAAACAUGUGCACCACAUUUGUUUACAUUUAUAAACUAUUUUUUUGGUGCUUUUUUUGAAUUCAUCUAUACUCGUUUUAGAAACACCCAGCAGGAUCUGCGCAACAGAGUAGUUGGACACAAGAUACUGUCCGAGAAGUUGCAGCUUUAUUCAGUAAUCCGCAGUUGA